UCUAUUACGUAAUCACAUAAUUUCCUAACCGCAUUAGUUCAUCACGUUGCAAGUCUACCUAACAGACAGCGUAUGGAUCUGUUCGCUUCAGUAGCUUAUGCAUGUAACGUGCAGCAAUCGAAGGGUUAAAUGUAAUUUACCUUCGAUGGAAACCUAGAGGAAACUUUACAGUACGUUCACGUAGUCGUGUGAUGUGUCGCGGAUAAUGCACGGAUGCGUAGUGGUUCUCAAGAUACAGAUACGAGUAACAAAGUGGCAAUUACAUUGAUAGUUUGUCAAGAAAAUCGCUUUAUCUUCGUAAAACACGAUCCAACAAAUAUUUUAUUUCGUAUCUUUUAUAAAUACACAUGUGAACACAACACCUGCUACAUUAUUGAAUCGAAGGAAGCGCUUAAUUAAACCCACCGUCGUGGAAAACUAAAGUUGCUGUGUUAGUAAUUGGAUAUUAAUUAUUAUCUCGGAACUCCUUAGCUUCGCGGAUAUACUGUAUAGCUGAUGGCCGCGAGAGCAGCGGGCAGGACCGCAUUGCGAUAUUUUCUGGGAACAUGUGUGCCUUCAUCAAAACAAAACGCCGCUAAAGUGAAAGUAUCGAGAUUGGCAUUUGAUGAUCACAUUCAUAUGUACUUCAAGGAGCAUGAUUUCGUUUAUGCCAAUGAUCCGAACAGACUGUGUAAAACUGGUGAUGUAAUUUUGAUAAAAACGUUACCAAAGAAAUUAACGCGUCUAAUCACGCAUGAGGUCGUCGAAGUGAUAUAUCCUCUAGGCGAUAUAGUAGACCCAGUUACAGGAAAAGAAGUUAUCGCUACCAAAUAUAGGGAGGAUACAGAGGAAGCGAACAAAUUAUAUGGCAAAGGAGAUUCAUCCUUUGAUUACUCAAAAGCACCACGAAGAGGGAGACUAGAAGGAAUACGAGACUUUACUCAUAAAAAAAUAAAAUACUAUGAAGAUUCUAAUGAUCCGCAAUCAGAUAUCGUAUAGAACAUUGUUCAAAAGCAUAAUAAUAUAAAUUAUAAAUAUGCAAUAGAAAUAUGCUACAGAUGUA